GCACCUGCUGUUCCACGCCAUCCCGCCAGACGUGCAUCCAAAGCGAAGAGGCCCUCAAUUCUCCUUCUGCAUACCCACAAGGAACGUCGCAACAUGUCUGUCACCAACAUGCUCCUCUUCACGAUCGCCUGCUUGGCCGUGCGAAGCGCCCUGGCGUUCUGUGAAUGUGGCUAUGCCACAUCAAUCUCGGUCAACGGAACCCUCACGAGCUACGUCUUCACUGAUCUAAUCGAGUCGGACUUCGUUCAUAUUCAGGACGUUGCCUCUGAUACGGACUGGUCUCGUCAGAACUACUCAGUGACUGCUCUCGCCGCUCGUGGACCGUAUGGAAUGCAGUUCUCGCUCGAUAACAUCGUCUCUAACCCUCUUCCUAAUGCUUCUACGUGGUCUGGUCCCGGUACAAAAGGCGCAGAUCCAGGUGUACAACUUCAAGUCAGCGGUGGUGUUCCCAAGGACGGCUACAUUGUCGGCGCGCAGAUGAACUCUAACCGUCAGGAUCUACGCUACGGCACGUUCCGCGCUUUAAUGAAGUUGCCGUCUGUCAAUGGAACAUGUAGCUCAUUCUUCUGGUAUUUCAACAACUCGCAGGAAAUUGACAUGGAACUGCUGUCCUCUGAAUUCCAGCCAAAUCCCAACAACACGUACUUGAUCAACCUCGUCGACCAAUCUCUUGCUUCUGUCCAGCGAGGCUACGCGAUUCCUGGCACCGAGUACAUGGUUGCUGAUCUUCCCUUCGAUCCUGCUGAUGGCUAUCACGAAUACCGCAUUGACUUCAUUCCUGGCCUCAUCAUCUACUACGCUGACGAGCAAGUUAUCGGCACACUCAACGGCUCAAUUCCUAGCAUGCCGGGUCAUAUGAUUCUCACGCAUUGGUCAAACGGCGAUCCAACUUGGUCAGGUGGUCCUCCAGCUACAGAGGCAGUCUUAGCAAUCGCAGGAGUUCGCGCAUACUUCAAUUCUUCUGAUCCCGAGCGUCAAGCUCAAGCUACCAAGCGUUGUACCGAUCCGACUGCCAGCGAUUCAAUCUGCUACGUUCCAGACUACUACCCGAAUAACUCUUUAUUCACCGAAUACUUCUCCAACGAGCCAAACAAGACAAAUAAUCAGACAAUUUAUGGCAAGAAGUCUGCGGCUGAUCAUAACGACACUCCACCCAUCCUCCAGAUCGUCAUCUUCAUUGUCUUAACAAUGAUCCUCUUUGCUAUGAUUCUCUGAAGUGAAGGUGGCUGUGGUUGGAAAGUCGAAGUUGACAUCUUAGAGGAGGAAUGCACUUACCUUGUGUCUCAAACAUCAUCGGCGUCUGUACUUACGGUUUCCUGAUACCCAGAUUUGUAUUGUACUCAAUUUCUCCUUUGU